ACACCCCAACCAUCCUAAAGAAAUGGAUCAAAAAACAGAAGACAAACCACACUGCCUAAUCCUUCCAUACCCAAGCCAAGGCCACAUAAACCCCCUGAUCCAAUUCUCCAAACGCUUAGCCUACAAAGGCAUCACAAUCACCUUCGCCGCACCACAAGACAUCCUCUCCUCCGCCGCCGCCGACAUCUCCGCCUCCAUCGCCGUCGAGUCCAUCUCCGACGGCUACACCUCCGCCGCCGCCAGAGCCGACGCCGACCCUCGGGAGUAUCUAGCCACCCUCGAAAGGGAAGGGGCGGAGUCAACGUCCCGCCUCAUCGAGAAGCUUCGAGAAGGCCCGGGCCGGGCAGUGGACUGCGUCGUCUACGACGCCUUCCUGCCGUGGGGGCUGGCCGUGGCGAAGAGCAAAGGCCUGUUUGGUGCGGCCUUCUUCACGCAGCCGAGCUCUGUCAAUGUUGUUUACUACAACGUGUUUAAAGGGUUGCUCAAAGUUCCGGUAAAGGAGAGGGAGACCGUGCUUCCCGGGCUGCCGCCGCUGGCGAUCUCGGAUUUGCCGUCGUUUGUUGUUGAUCAGGAGAAGCAUCCGGGCUUGUUGGAGCUGGUAAUGGGUCAGUUUGAUGGUGUGGAGGAUUCUGAUUUCGUGUUCGUUAACUCGAUUUACGAGCUUGACAAAGAGGCAAAUGAGUGGAUGAAAAAAUCAAUGGCAGUUAAAACAAUUGGACCAGCCAUACCUUCUAUCUACCUAGACAAAAGAGUACCACAUGACAAAAGUUAUGGUCUUAGUUUGUUCAAACCAGAUGACAUUUGCAUGAGAUGGCUACAACAAAGAUCACCUAAAUCAGUUAUCUACGUCUCCUUCGGUAGUAUUGCCAAAUUGGAAAAGCAUGAAAUGGAGGAAUUGGCAACGGCCCUUAAGCUAACCGGAAAACACUUCCUAUGGGUGGUCCGAUCCUCGGAUGUCAUCUAA